CUUGGAGAGAAUCCUGUGGACCGCAGGGACCGACACAGACAGAGAGAGAGAGAGAGAGAGAGAGAGAGAGAGAGAGAGAGAGGAAAAGGAAAAGGAAAAGAAGGAAGGGAGGGAAUCCAGAGAGAGGGAGCGGUGGAGAAACUUACUCACAAAAGCAGAGAGUGAUAUUGAUGUAGAGACUGAGAAGAGAGUGAGAAGCAGGAGAGAGAUUGAUGAAGAGCGUGAGAUUAAUGAAGAGUGUGAGAUUGAUGAAGAGUGUGAGAUUGAUGAAGAGUAUGAGAUUGAUGAAGAGUGUCUGAAGAAGCGUCUGGAGACGGAACACUGGAGGCCUGAGAUUGCGUCCAUAGGGCACCAUGGCUGACAACAGCACUCAUCCCAUCAUGGACCUGCUGCACUCGUUUGAUCUCCGGGACCUGCUGCUGGCGUUCUGCAUGUCGAUGGUGGUGGGGCUGCUGCUGGGUGCGCUGGUGUACACGCUGAUGACCUGGGUGUCCCGGCGCCGCGCCUCGGCCAGCAUCACGCGCCGCCCCAGUCGCCCGAGUCGCUCCGCCGCCCGCUCGGCCUCGCCCCGCUCUCGCCAGGGGUUCCACCGCAGCAGCAGCGGCUACGAUCGCCGUAGCAACAACAGCCUGGCCAGCGCCGCGUUCAGCUUCCACCGCCAAGGCUCCGCCCCCGAGCAGCCGGACCCCCUCGGCCACAAGAGCGGCGUGCGCACCUCCACCUUCCACCCGCUGCUGCAGGUCAGCCAGACCGCACGCGAGACCCCCCCCCUCACGCCCCCCCCCACCAACGCCGGCUCCGCCUCCACCCCCCCCAGAGCCAACAAGCCCCGCCCAGACUCAUUCUGGGGAAACAGCAGCGUCAGAGGCCCCCACACCUCCCCCACCCCCCCGCCCGCCUACGAGAGUGUUAUACGUGCCUACCAGGAGACCUGCACCUGACACCCCCCCCACGACACCGUCAUGCGCACCUACCAGAAGACCUGACCCCCCCACGACACCGUCAUACGCACCUGUGAGACCUAACCCCCCCCCCCCACCGUCAUACGCAACUGUCAUAGACAGGAGACCUAACCCCUCCCCACGACACCAUCAUACGCACCUGUGAAACUGUCAUAGGCAGGAGACCUACACCCCCCCCCCC